AUGUCUACCGUUAAUCUGGUCAGGUCGAAACAUCACAAAACCACAACGAUAAAUGGCCAGACUGGAGAGGACCCGAAAGGCUGGCAUUUAACCUUCUGUUACAAAGACGAUCAACAACUUAUCAACAAGACCCACACUGCAUGCCAUGGAUAUACGAGGGACGAACACUCCUGGGAACUACUUGAAUCGACACACGCCGGGGAUAAGCCAGAUUCGGUGAAGCGCAGAUACUCGAGGAAUGCAAGUGUAUGGCCAGGCCCUGAAGAGCUAGACGAGGCACCAGAGAUUGGCUACAGCCAUAUCCCGAGUUUCGAGUCGUGA